AGGAAGAGGAGGGGGAUUUCUGAAGAACUGGAAGAAGACAGGGAGUGGACAUUUUGAAGCAGCUUCGCCUUCAGUUUUCACAGAAUCUGAUCUACUUUCACUCCACAAUGAAGCUUAUUUCAGGAGCUCUCAUCCUGUUUCUGAUGGUGUCCAUGGCAUAUGGACUGAAAUGCUACAAUUGUGUGACCAGAUAUCCCAGCUCCUGCACAACGAGCGUGACUUGUCCACCUGAAUUGGACCAAUGUUCCACCCUCACAGCUUCCGGUGUCACCACAAAGUCCUGUAUGGUCAGUAACUUAUGUGUAAGCCCAGUGACAUGCUGCAAGGAGGACUACUGCAACGGUGCGAUAACAACUGGUCCCAGUGUCCUGCUCCUGCUGCUGUCUUCAGCCAUCAUCACAUUCUUUGUCUGAGUUUCUGAAACAACAACAGAAUCAAAUGUGCAGAAAAUGUAUUGAAUGUAAACUCAAGAGUAACAAACAAUCUUUUAAUAUGUAAAAGAUGAUUACACAUUAAUAUCUUAUCAGUCAAACAACAAUCAUCCAUUAACCCUGGAAAUGGCUUUACAUUGCUAUCUUAUACAACAAAAACAGCUUUUCUAUGAGGACCAAUUACAAAAAUAAGGACAUAAAUAGUGUGCUGUAGGUUAGUUGAUGUGAAUGAUAAAAGCAACCAUUGGAUGUUUGGGGCAUCUGUUUUGAUGUAAUUUUACAUUUAUCACCAUGUGUGCUGAAGUGCCAAGUGGAAAAAAAUCAAUCAAACUUUGGGCCAAAUGAAUUUAUUAAAAAAUGGUGUGUGCUCUGUAUGUGAAAGAAAUCUGUUCCAAUCAUGCAUUUCUCAAUGCACUCAGACCUACCAAAAACAUUCUCAAAUUGUUUUUUUAAAAUGUGUUUUUAGGCUCUUUUUUUUCUAUUUCCACACGAUUAAAAAGGAUUCAGGCCAUGUGGCAUAUAUUGUACAUGGCACACUGAAAAUAAAAAUGUCUAUAGGUGAAUAAUCUAAAUAAAUCCACACUUAAUGCAAAAGACUAGCAGUGUAUAUUUGGUAAAAAUCUGACAAUAUUCAAAGUGUCUUCACAGCACAACCAACACUACCAUUUAAUAAUCCAUCUGAAAUCACUGUACAGGGUUGUUCAAAAAGAAUGAACCAAUUUCGUUACGCAAUAUUUUAGUAAGGAGAGGCAAUAGAAAACUGCAGUCAAGUCACAAGUAUUCUACUCACAAUUUUUAUUUGAUGCUGAAGGUCAUCGAAUGACAUCGAAUAACAACAGCGAUCGACUCAGUGGAUGGUGAUGUGCUGACAAGUGUGUGGGAGGAAUUCUCUCAUCGCAUUGAUGUUGCUGCAGGUGGUGACCCCAUUGAACACUUGUAAAACAGGAAAUAAAAGUUGAUUAGGAGUAGAACACUUGUGAUUUGGCUGGAAUUUUCUAUGGCUUUUCCUCAUUAAAAUAUUGCAUAAUGAAAUCAGUUCAUUCUUUUUGAAUAACCCUGUAUAUAUAUAUAUAUAUAUAUAUUGUGGUUUUCUUGAUGUCACUUAAAGUUUUCACACAAAAACAAACAUAUACUGGAUGGAUGAAGAAAAGAAAGUUACAAUAUUUUUUGCUUUCUUUGCUAGUCUACCUUCAUAAAGCCAGUGCAUACAGCAAGUAUCCAUUCACAGCAGCAAAUUAAAAAGAAAAAAAGUUAAAGUUUAACUCUAAUAACCUUUUAGUUCCGUAUUUCAAACUCUGCUUUGUCAUACUGAUAUCUGGAUGGAUUUCCACAAAAACCUGAACAAUAACAUAUUGGUUGGUUAAUUUAUUCAGAGUUUUGACAAAAUCUUUUAAAUGAUGUUUAUCGGUGCGUAUAUGACAUUUCACAGCAUUGUGAACAUCUCUUCAUCUAGUUUCUCUACCUUCCUGCCACAAAGAUUAAUAAAGUUAUUCCAAAUGA